AUGAGUACAUCGACUGUCGUUCCUCCUAGAAAGAGAUUAUCUGAAGGUCUAACUGUUACUCAAAAAGUUUUCAUCAGAUCUAGAAAUGGUGGUGCUACUAAGAUAGUUAGAGAACACUAUCUAAGAAAUGAUAUUCCUUGUCUUUCAAAAGCAUGUGAUAGUUGUCAAGAAAUUGUUGUUCCCGAUGCUUCUAAUCAAUUGCCAAAGUUUGUAUUAUCUGAAUUACCACAACCUCUACCUAAUGGCAUUGGGAAACAUUAUGUUGUUCUUGACACAAAUAUCAUUCUUUUAGCUAUUGAUCUUUUGGAGAAUCCAGAUUGUUUUUUUGAUGUUAUUGUUCCACAGAUUGUGUUGGAUGAAGUUAGAAAUAGGUCUUAUCCAGUUUAUACGAGACUAAGAACUCUCUGUAGAGAUAGCGAUGAUAAGAAGAGGUUUAUUGUUUUUCAUAAUGAAUUUAAUGAAAACACGUUCAUUACCAGAAGGGAAAAUGAAACUAUCAACGAUAGAAAUGAUAGAGCCAUUAGAAAAACAUGUGAAUGGUAUGCAUCCCAUUUAACUAAGCAUGGUAUAAAAAUUGUCUUAGUAUCUAACGAUAGAUUAAAUAGAGAAGCUGCUCAAAGGAAACAGGAAAAUCAGGCAUAUGUGACAAAGAGUCUUUUUGAAUAUGUCAGUUUACUGCCUAAUGGCGAAGAUAUUAAAGAUUUGAUUCCAAAUACAGAUUCAACAGAACUUUCAGAUAAUAAGGAUGAGGAGGGUUUAUCAGAAUUUGUUUUCCCAGAAUAUUAUUCCACAGCAAGAAUCAUGGGUGGUAUCAAAAAUGGAGUCUUGUACCAAGGUACUAUUCAAAUAUCAGAAUAUAACUUUUUGGAAGGUAGUAUAUCGUUACCAAGAUUUUCUAAACCUGUCUUGGUUGUUGGACAGAAAAAUUUAAAUAGAGCUUUUAACGGGGAUCAGGUCGUUGUAGAACUAUUACCAGAAUCGGAAUGGAAGGCACCAUCUUCUAUUGCAAUGGAUUCAGAACAUUUCGACGUAAAUGAUAAUCCAGACGUUGAUGAAAGUGAAGAGUUAACUGAUAAGACAAAUAGCAUCAUAAUUUCUGAUAAGCAACGUCGUUUAUUAGCAAGGGAUGCUAUUCAUGCUCAAAAAUCCAAAAAGGUUCAACCAACAGCUAGAGUUGUGGCAGUCACUAGAAGAUCAUGGAGACAAUAUGUUGGUCAAAUUGCACCAAGUUCAGUUGAUUUGAAAAAUGGUGGUACUCAAAAUGUAUUUGUGAUUUUAAUGAAUAAAUGUCUUCCAAAAAUCAGGAUUCGUACUAGGCGUGCAGUUGAAUUAUUGGAUAAAAGAAUUGUUAUUUCUGUAGACUCUUGGCCGACUACUCAUAAAUAUCCAUUAGGUCAUUUUGUCAGAGAUUUGGGUGGCAUAGAAACAGUCGAAGCUGAGACUGAAGCUUUGUUAUUAGAACAUGAUGUGGAAUAUAGACCAUUUUCUAAGAAAGUUUUAGAGUGUCUACCAAAAGAGGGUCAUGAUUGGAAAGCACCUGCAGAUUUAAGGGACCUAGAAGCCAAUAGUAAGGAUCCAUUGUUAAAGAAUAGGAAGGAUUUAAGAGAUAGAUUGAUUUGUAGUAUCGAUCCACCUGGUUGUGUAGAUAUUGAUGAUGCUUUGCAUGCAAAAAAAUUGCCAAAUGGUAAUUGGGAAGUUGGUGUCCAUAUUGCAGACGUUACUCAUUUUGUUAAACCAGGUUCGGCUGUUGAUGCAGAAGCUGCUUCUAGGGGUACAUCUGUUUAUUUAGUAGAUAAAAGAAUUGAUAUGUUGCCGAUGUUAUUAGGUACAGAUUUAUGUUCUUUGAAACCAUAUGUUGAUAGAUAUGCUUUUUCUGUCAUUUGGGAAUUAGACGAUAAUGCAGACAUUGUCAAUGUUGAUUUUACUAAAUCGGUUAUUAGAUCUAGAGAAGCAUUUUCAUAUGAACAAGCACAGAUUAGAAUUGAUAAUCUUGAACAAAAAGAUGAAUUGACAUUAGGUAUGAGGGCAUUACUUAAUUUUUCUAUAAAGUUGAAAAAUAAACGUUUGGCUGCUGGUGCAUUAAAUUUGGCAUCGCCAGAAGUUAAAGUUCAUAUGGAUAGUGAAACUUCCGAUCCAGGUGAAGUUGAAAUAAAAAAAUUGUUAGCUACUAAUUCUUUAGUUGAAGAGUUUAUGUUGUUAGCCAAUAUAUCGGUUGCUAGAAAGAUCUAUGAUGCAUUCCCUCAAACAGCAAUGUUGAGAAGACAUGCUGCACCACCUGCCACCAAUUUCGAAAUUCUUAAUGAGAUGUUACAAAGAAGGAAGGGGAUGUCUAUAUCGUUAGAGUCUUCUAAAGCAUUAGCAGAUUCAUUAGAUCGUUGUGAAGAUCCAAAAGAUCCAUAUUUCAAUACCUUGGUUCGUAUCAUGUCUACACGUUGCAUGAUGGCAGCACAAUAUUUCUAUUCUGGUGCAUAUUCAUACCCAGAUUUCAAACAUUAUGGUUUGGCAGUGGAUAUAUAUACACAUUUCACAUCACCAAUUAGACGUUAUUGUGACGUGGUGGCACAUAGACAACUUGCAGGUGCGAUCGGUUAUGAGCCAUUGAGUUUAGUUCACAGAGAUAAACAUAAAAUGGAUAUGAUUUGUCGAAAUAUUAAUAAGAGGCAUAGAAAUGCACAAUUUGCUGGUAGGGCUAGUAUUGAAUAUUAUGUGGGUCAAGUAAUGAGAAACAAUGAAUCAACCGAGUCAGGCUAUGUUAUUAAAGUGUUCAAUAACGGUAUUGUGGUGUUAGUACCUAAAUUUGGGGUAGAAGGGUUGAUAAGAUUGGAGAAUUUGACAAAUGAUGUUAAUGGAGCCGAAUAUGAUGAAGUUGAAUUUAAAUUAUCUUUUAAGGACAAAAAUUCCGGAAAAAUUAGAGACGUUUAUGUUUUUGAUAAUGUUGAGGUACAAGUGAAAUCUGUGCUAGAUCCUAUAACUAGCAAGCGUAAAGCGGAACUACUACUUAAAUAA